GAUAAGUGCGCAUCUCUAUUAUGAAAUUUUUGUCGGGAAAAAAUUGAAAAUAAUAUUAAAAAUAAUAAUAGGCAGAGUAAACUGUGUGGAAACUGUAGUCUUAAAUUGCAAUAAUGUUGCGCAUCUAUCAGAACACAUACCGCCGAACUGCGAGAAAAGCUGUUGUUUACUCCGCGACGAAGGUUGUGUGCUGCAAUCAUUCCACGCUAUGCAACAUCACAAGCAAUCCGCGUCGCACUGGUGGAGCUGGAGGUCAUUGGGAGCAGCACAGUAAUGGCAACAAUCGCGGCCACGAGGAGUUUCUGCUGGGCGGUAAUCAAGCGAGAGGCUGGACAAUUCCGCCUAAUUCUCGCGGCUAUGGCAUGUUGGUAGUACGAGUUCUUAAGGGAGCUCUCAAGUUGCGUUACCUUGUGCUGGGUGGAGCCAUCGGUGGUGGCGUUUCAUUGAGCAAAAAAUAUGAGGAUUGGAAGGAAGGCCUGCCCGAUCUGAAGUGGCUCGAGGAUGCACUGCCGCAGGGAGAGAGAUGGAGUCAAUUCUCAAGGAAUCUCAUUGAAGUAGGCAGCGUAGUGAAGAAUGCCAUUGACAUCGAUCCGAAGCUUAAGCAACUGGGCGAAGAUAAAUUGUCGGAAUGGCGCUCUUGGUUCGAUAAUCGUCUGGACGAUGCAAUUGAAGCGGCCGAUUAUCAAGGAACUCAAAUUGUCGAAACCAAGGAAGAUAUCAAGGCCAAGACAACGGUGGCUGCGCUAGGCAUCUCUGUAGACGAAAGCCGAAAGAAAUAUGAUAAGCUACAGAGUCAGGUGGAAACGCUGCAAACGGAAAUCAUGAACGUACAAAUCAAAUACCAAAAGGAACUAGAGAAAAUGGAAAAGGAAAAUCGCGAACUGCGCCAGCAAUACCUGAUAUUGAAAACGAAUAAAAAGACGACGGCCAAGAGAAUCAAGAAAUCGCUCAUCGACAUGUAUUCAGAGGUACUUGAUGAGCUAUCUGGCUAUGAUACGGGCUACACCAUGGCUGAUCACUUGCCUCGCGUGGUUGUUGUCGGCGAUCAGAGCAGCGGCAAGACAUCCGUAUUGGAAUCGAUUGCAAAAGCACGCAUAUUUCCACGUGGCAGCGGUGAAAUGAUGACGCGUGCACCAGUUAAGGUUACGUUGGCGGAAGGUCCCUAUCAUGUGGCUCAGUUCCGUGACUCGGACCGCGAAUAUGACCUCACCAAAGAGUCGGAUCUGGCCGAUCUGCGUCGCGAGGUAGAGUUCCGUAUGCGUGCCUCUGUGCGUGGUGGCAAAACAGUCAGCAAUGAGGUUAUUGCCAUGACAGUUAAGGGACCCGGCUUGCAGCGCAUGGUUCUGGUCGAUUUACCAGGUAUCAUUUCGACCAUGACUGUGGAUAUGGCUUCCGAUACUAAGGACUCUAUUCAUCAAAUGACCAAGCAUUACAUGAGCAAUCCAAAUGCUAUUAUACUCUGCAUACAGGAUGGCUCUGUCGAUGCGGAGCGUAGUAAUGUGACCGACUUGGUCAUGCAAUGUGAUCCUCUCGGUCGUCGUACUAUAUUUGUGCUUACCAAGGUCGAUCUGGCCGAAGAGUUGGCGGAUCCCGACAGAAUAAGAAAGAUUCUGUCGGGAAAACUGUUUCCCAUGAAGGCAUUGGGCUACUAUGCCGUUGUGACGGGACGUGGACGCAAGGACGACAGCAUAGACGCUAUUCGACAGUAUGAGGAGGACUUUUUCAAGAACUCCAAACUGUUUCAUCGUCGUGGAGUGAUUAUGCCGCAUCAAGUGACUAGUCGCAAUCUGAGCUUGGCUGUGUCGGAUCGCUUCUGGAAAAUGGUGCGUGAAACCAUUGAGCAACAGGCGGAUGCAUUUAAGGCAACCAGAUUUAAUCUGGAAACCGAAUGGAAAAACAAUUUCCCCAGGCUGCGCGAGUCUGGACGUGAUGAGCUGUUCGACAAGGCCAAGGGCGAAAUAUUGGACGAAGUGGUAACACUCUCACAGAUCUCAGCGAAAAAAUGGGACGAUGCCCUCACCCUCAAGCUGUGGGAGAAACUAUCGAAUUACGUGUUCGAAAAUGUUUACUUACCCGCUGCACAGUCAGGUUCUCAAAAUUCGUUCAAUACAAUGGUGGAUAUUAAGCUGCGACAGUGGGCAGAACAGGCGUUGCCAGCAAAGUCAGUUGAGGCUGGAUGGGAGGCAUUACAACAGGAGUUCAUAUCCCUGAUGGAACGGGCAAAGAAAGGUCACGACCAUGAUGGUGUGUUUGAUCAACUGAAAGCGGCUGUUGUCGAUGAGGCUAUUCGCCGACAUAGCUGGGAGGACAAAGCCAUUGAUAUGCUGCGCGUGAUACAACUUAACACCUUGGAGGAUCGCUUUGUGCACGACAAGGCUGAGUGGGAUCAGGCGGUGAAAUUCCUGGAGAACUCUGUGACCACUAAACUUGUGCAGACCGAUGAGACGUUGGCGCAAAUGUUUGGUCCGGGACCAUGGACACGUUUUGCUUACUGGAAGUCGUUGACACAGGAUCAGCAAAAGCGACGCAGUGUCAAGGGAGAACUUGACAAAAUUCUCAAAAAUGAUGUGAAACAUUUGCCUACAUUAAGUUAUGAUGAGCUGACGACAGUGCGCAAGAAUCUGCAGCGUGAUAAUGUGGAUGUGGACACGGAUUACAUACGUCAAACGUGGUUCCCAGUCUACAGAAAACACUUCCUGCAGCAGGCUUUGCAUCGGGCCAAGGAUUGCCGUAAGGCUUAUUACCUGUACACACAACAAGGCGCCGAGUGUGAGAUCUCCUGUAGCGAUGUGGUGCUAUUUUGGCGCAUUCAACAGGUGAUCAAGGUGACAGGCAAUGCAUUGAGGCAGCAGGUUAUCAAUCGGGAAGCGCGACGCCUGGAUAAGGAGAUCAAGGCAGUGCUUGACGAGUUCAGUGACGACGAGGAGAAGAAGGCACAUCUGCUGACAGGCAAACGUGUGCAGCUGGCCGAGGAACUUAUUAAAGUACGACAGAUUCAGGAGAAGCUGGAGGAGUUCAUUAAUUCAUUGAAUCAGGAGAAAUAGAGUAAAAAGUGUGUGCCAUGACCAAAGACACAACAGCGUUAUCUAUUUAAUGUGUUAAUUUAAGCUCAAAACCGUUUAUAUAAUCACAGUCACGCAUUGUUCAUAACGAUUUUCCUUACUAUUUACUUAGUUAUUACGCUUACUUUGUGCAGCAAAGAGUAAUAAAAGAUUGUUAGUUUGUA